AUGUCCAAUAAGCAUCCACCACCUACCUCCCCCCAUAUUGGGUUCUACAAACAAUUCGGCCGGCCAGUUGCAAAGGUCUUCCUGGGAGCCAUCUUUGUCUACCAGGUCGUUUACCUUGGUUGGACCAUUAUCGAGACUGACGUUGUGAGAGACCGAAAACAACGUGAGGAACUGAACAAUUAUAUGAUCGUGGUGUUUGCUAAAGCAUUACAUAGGUGA